AUGGAAAACAGGGCCUUUAGCCCACAGAUUCAGUGGAACCAUUGCCAGAGGCAGAGAGCUGUGGAAAGGCUGGCUCUUUAUGAAGGAAAGCAGAGUGACCUAUGUGGUGCCUCAAUCCUGGCAGUAGCAAUUUGGCUACGAACAGGCAAAGAUGGUCCAGAGAUUCUCAGUCCUGGGGCUGCUACCAUUAACCCCUAUAUUGCUGUGAAUAUCUUGAUUGUUGUGGGUGUUACCAUCAUGAUUCUGGGUUUCCUGGGAUGCUUUGGUGCCAUGAAAGAAAACCAGUUCGUGCUUGUUUUGUUUUUCAUAGGGUUGAUUCUGGUCCUACUUCUGCAAGUGGUGGCAGGUAUCGUAGGAGCUACUAACAAAUCUAAGACUGAACGUGCUCUUAAAGAGACUCUCCAGACGAAUGUACAUCUUUUGAGUGCACCAAAUGGAAAACUAUUCCAGAAAGCCUUUUCUGAAAUUCAAGAAAAGUUAAAAUGUUGUGGUUUGAUCAAUGGAGCUUCUGAUUGGGGAAAUAAUUUUCAAUACUAUUACAAGUCAUGUGAAUGUCCAAGUGCAUCAGAUUCUUCUUGUACAAAGUAUGAUGGAAAAACUAUUUACAAACAGUCAUGCUUUUCUUUGAUAAGAUGCUUAUUUUCAAGAAGUCUUUCCAUAGUUAUUGGACUAGCGUUUGGACUGGCAGCUGUUGAGGUACUUGGUCUGAUACUUUCUAUUGUCCUGUACUGCCAGAUCAGGAAGAAAUAA